GCACGUCUGGUUUCAUCAGUAACCUCCGUCAGUUUCUGUGGAUCAGGGUUCAGCAGUUCACCGGCCGAGGCGUCCAGCUGCGUUUGUUCUCUCACCUGCACGACUUGUCUCUGCGCUGGCACCUGGACAGACGCACCGGGGACGUGCUGCGGAACGUCGACCGAGGAACGUCCUCCAUCAACAACCUGCUGAGCUACAUCCUGUUCAGCAUCCUCCCGACCAUCUGCGACAUCAUCAUCGCCAUCGUCUACUUCGCCUCCUACUUCAGCGUCUGGUUUGGACUCAUCGUUUUCACCUGCAUGGUUCUUUACCUCACCUUCACCGUCCUGAUCACAGAGUGGAGGACGAAAUACAGGAGGGAGAUGAACACUCAGGACAACAACGCCAAGUCCAGAGCCGUCGACUCGCUGCUCAACUUUGAGACGGUGAAAUAUUACAGCGCAGAGGAUUAUGAGGUCCGCUGCUUCGAGGAGGCCAUUCUGAAAUAUCAGCAGUGUGAGUGGAAGAGCUCGGCGUCGCUCGCUCUGCUGAAUCAAACCCAGAACGUCAUCAUAGGAUCAGGUCUGCUCGCCGGGUCGCUGCUCUGCUCCCACCUGGUGUCUGAGGGUCAGUUCCAGGUUGGAGAUUAUGUUCUGUUUGGGACCUACAUCAUUCAGCUGUACACCCCCCUCAACUGGUUCGGAACCUACUACAGGUUGAUUCAAAGUGCAUUUGUUGACAUGGAGAACAUGUUGACGCUGCUGACGGAAAAGAAAGAG